UUGGCAACUUUCGAGAAGAAUAGGCCGCACGUUUUAAACUGUUAGGAUUUGUUGAUAUUAAUGAUUAUGAAUGAAAAUUAAGUUGAUAAAAUGCAUUUAGUAUCGGAAUGAAAUGUAUAUUUUGAAAUUAAAGACUACUUUAAGUAUAAUAAUAUGGCUAGAAGAUAUGAUGGAUUUUCUUCCACUCAAACAGGAUUCGGUUUCGGAACGACGCAGUCUGGAACUUCAGGAUUUCCCACAUUUGGUAACAUAAAAACAACUGGUUCAACAUUUCCAAGUUUUGGAACAACAAAUACUUCAGCACCAUCAUUUGGGAGUACACCAGGAUUUUCUUUUGGAACACUGGGAUCGAGUACUACUCCAGCUCCUGGAUUUUCAUUUGGAGCAACAACUUCGGGUAAUUUUUCUUUUGGAACUGGUACCAGUAGUUUUUCAUUCAGUGGUUUGGGAACGGCAGUAACCACUACAGGAUUUAGUUUUGGAGGAUUGGGAUCAACUUCUGUUGCUCCUUCAAGUGGAUUUUCCUUUGGUGGUCUUGGCAGUUCUACUACAACCCCAUCUUUAGGCUCAGGAUUUAACUUUGGUCAGACUGGUUCACUUGGUACAACAGCUGGGUUAUCAGCAUUUGGUACUGGUCCUGGAGGAUCAACUUUUGGAAAUUUAGGUACCACAGUUCCUAAUCCAUCUGUAAACACUAUAACAAAUAUUGCUAUGGCCAUUAGUCUUCCUAGUGUUUAUGGAGAUGAAAGAGAUGUGAUUCUAGCAAAAUGGAAUCAGUUACAAGCUUUUUGGGGUACUGGUAAGGGCUAUUUUAGUAACAAUUCAGCACCUGUUGAAUUCACCCCAGAAAAUCCAUUCUGUCGUUUUAAGGCUAUAGGAUAUAAUUGUCUUCCACCAUGGAAAGUGGAAGAUGGCUUGGUUGGAUUGAUUUUUAAUAAGAAGGAGUCUGACAUUCGUAAUCAACAACAGCAAAUGGUUGAUAGUCUCCAUAGAUUAUUUGGCAGUAAGCCAACAAUUUCUGUUCAUGUUGAAGGUAUAAAGUCACAACCUGAUGAAAAAACUGAAGUUAUUAUCUAUCUUGUGGAACGAUCACCACAUGGUUGUAUGUCACGUCGAAUUCCAUCUACAGAUGUUAUGGCAUUUUUAGAGCAGCCUGUAAGUAAAGCACCUCUAACUUCUAUGGAUGUUGUUGGGUUGAUUUCAAAAGCAGCACCUACUAAAGAACAGUUAAAGCAAUAUUUAGAUAAUACUGUUGCGGGAAUUGAUCCUUUAUUGUGGCAACAAGCAAAACUUGAUAAUCCUGAUCCAGAGAAAUUGAUUCCUGUGCCUAUGAUAGGAUUUAGUGAACUUAAAAGACGCUUAAAAUAUCAAGAACACGAAACAAAACAGCAUCAAGAAAGAUUAGAUGUAUUAUUAUUUUUUAUCGCUUUUAUAAAACUAUUGUGUUAUAAACUUUUUAGUUUAAUAGCUAAAUUGAUAUGUAAGCUGAAUCAAUUAGAAAUGAAAUUAAAUACCAUUUUUGACAAAUUGAUUUGUCAACAGGAAGUUAUGCGUAAAUAUGGUUAUGCCAUACAAGCAGAUGAAGAACAACUUAGAGUUCAAUUAGAAGCAAUUCAGGCCGAAUUAAAUGCUCCAACACAAUUUAAGGUUUUAUGUAUUGACUGCUUUUGUAAAUUAUUCUUUAUUUUAGGUACCACAGUUCCUAAUCCAUCUGUAAACACUAUAACAAAUAUUGCUAUGGCCAUUAGUCUUCCUAGUGUUUAUGGAGAUGAAAGAGAUGUGAUUCUAGCAAAAUGGAAUCAGUUACAAGCUUUUUGGGGUACUGGUAAGGGCUAUUUUAGUAACAAUUCAGCACCUGUUGAAUUCACCCCAGAAAAUCCAUUCUGUCGUUUUAAGGCUAUAGGAUAUAAUUGUCUUCCACCAUGGAAAGUGGAAGAUGGCUUGGUUGGAUUGAUUUUUAAUAAGAAGGAGUCUGACAUUCGUAAUCAACAACAGCAAAUGGUUGAUAGUCUCCAUAGAUUAUUUGGCAGUAAGCCAACAAUUUCUGUUCAUGUUGAAGGUAUAAAGUCACAACCUGAUGAAAAAACUGAAGUUAUUAUCUAUCUUGUGGAACGAUCACCACAUGGUUGUAUGUCACGUCGAAUUCCAUCUACAGAUGUUAUGGCAUUUUUAGAGCAGCCUGUAAGUAAAGCACCUCUAACUUCUAUGGAUGUUGUUGGGUUGAUUUCAAAAGCAGCACCUACUAAAGAACAGUUAAAGCAAUAUUUAGAUAAUACUGUUGCGGGAAUUGAUCCUUUAUUGUGGCAACAAGCAAAACUUGAUAAUCCUGAUCCAGAGAAAUUGAUUCCUGUGCCUAUGAUAGGAUUUAGUGAACUUAAAAGACGCUUAAAAUAUCAAGAACACGAAACAAAACAGCAUCAAGAAAGAUUAGAUAUAAUUGCUGAAGAUAUUUCAGAAUUAAAAAGAAGGCAUUCAACUCUACUGGCAAAAAUUUCUGAACACAAGAGAAAGCAAAUUGAACUUGGACAUAAAGUAUUAAAGAUAAUGGCACAACAGGAAGUUAUGCGUAAAUAUGGUUAUGCCAUACAAGCAGAUGAAGAACAACUUAGAGUUCAAUUAGAAGCAAUUCAGGCCGAGUUAAAUGCUCCAACACAAUUUAAGGGUCGUUUAAAGGAAUUAUUAUCUCAAAUUCGUAUGCAGAAUCAUGUUGGUGCUGCUUUUGGGGAAUCUGAACGCUAUAGUCUUGAUGAAAAUUUACAAGAAGAAAUUAAAUUAUACUUGAAAAAUCAACAAGAAGGUCUCUCUCAUUUACUGAAAAUUUUAAAGGAUGACAGUGAAGAUUUAAAAGUGAUUGAAGAAGGCUUAAAAGAAAGUGCUGAUCGAAGAAGAUAGUUUCAAAUAAUUUCUGUUUGAUAAAACUGAAGUUAAAUCUGAUUUGAUCUCAAUUAUAUUUUGUAUGUUGUAUUAAAAGUUUUAUAUGUUUUGUUUCAAAUCUGAAUAAAUAUUUCUUAACUGCCGGUUUAAAAAAAUGAUUGUUUAUUUG